AUGAAUGCCUGGCGUGAAAACUCUCUCCUGGAACGAUACCCGCUGGUUGCUCAACUCAUUCUUGAGCGGCCUACUGUUGUGCUUGACAAAUUCGGUGUGAUUGUUUUAUGGUAUCUCCCCAGAGCAAUUGAUGUGACCAUCCAGAAUGAUAUGUUGGCGGUGACCAUGAUGAUGUUGGAUCAUCUGGGUAAGAGUGUCAGCCGAACUGCCGCCACGAAAGGGAAAUGGCGAACCCAUGAGAGCAAUUUUCAAACCAGCGAACAUGGCCUCACUCCGGGUUGUAUUAAUCUAUCUCCAGGAUGGUUUCUGCAAGGUCAUCCGGUACAUUGGCAUUUUACACCUGAAAGUACUUGCUCAUGUCAACAGGCUCCAAAGUUCCAUCCUGAAGUAUCGGUGACUCUUAAAGAGGAUGGGUCAACUUUAUGUCAGGCGAUCCGGCGGCCGGCAGUCUUGGCUGCUGCUGCAUUGAGAUUCAUGCAUGGCGGCCUGUACUGGUCGUCAUUGACAACACAGCUCGGCCUUGGUAUAUGGGCAGACAAUAAUCAAUUGAUGGACAUGGGAAAUUGCCUCAGACAAUGGGCGUCUUCAUUUACAGUUCUCGCCGUUAUGUGCAAUCGUUGUUCACCCCUGCACAGAGACUCUCAAUCCCUUGCUCAAUGGUUUGAUAUCAUGACCAGUAUCGGCGAUUAUGGACCAGUGCGAAUGAAAUUUCCCAAUAUCAGCGUUGAAAUUGCCUAUAAUUCGGGUGUUAUGGUAGGUACUUUGGGGAACAUUGUUAGGCAUGGGGUAGACCGGGUGAACGGCGACAGAGUUAGCUGGGUGUGGUACAUGAGGGAUGAUGUUCAUAAAUUUGUUGAUGUACCCCGAGAAGACUAUUCCAAGUACGAGUCAAUAAUCGCCGAUGCAUUCUGUUGCAGAUAG